CUUCCUCUCUUCCUCUCUUCCUUUCUUUUUAUUUCUGCUUUCUUUUUACUUCCUCUUCUCUUUUCUUCUUUCUCUCCUUCCCUCUCCAUUGCAUACACUUCUGCUCUGCUCCUUCGACCAUUCCCACACUACAACGGAAGCAUUUAUACCCGCCUUUGUACUACCAUUUAUCCAUUUUGUAAUCCGGCUGUUUUGCCACCAAAUACACAUACAAUACCCAACCCUUGUCAUCUUGCAUUUCUCAUUGACCGUUAUCAGUCUGCAUCCUCUGCAUUGGUUCACAUGGCAUAUAGCAUGAUCAUUUUCUGAAUACUCACAGUAUAUAUUUAAAAUUCACAUAUUUUACAUCCGCAAUACAAACAUUUCGCCAUUCUUAAAUACAACAUUAUUACAUCCCAAGUCAUGUCAGAUCCUGCCAAUACUCUACACACCAAACAGGAAGAGCGAAUAGAUGAAAAAACCGAGCAUGCACAUGCGCCUCAUUCAUCAACGGUUGCUCAUCAUGAUUCUGAGUUGGCUGUCGCAGAGAGCAAGCGAGCGGGCCUUGAUUCUAAAGACAAUCUCGAUAUCGAACAUGCAUCGGUAGAGACCGAUCUGCAAGAUCCUCCGACAUUGAUCGAUGGCCCUCCUUAUGGAUGGGCAAUUGUCUUUGCCGCAUUCAUUACUCAAAUGAUGUGCAUGGGCACGAUGAAUAUCUAUGGAGUUUUCCAGACGUAUUAUUUCACAAACACGUUCAAUGGCGUAGCCUCAACGUUUCAACUCGCAUGGAUUGGCUCCUUAACGGUCAUGGCUCUAGAUAUUGUCGGUCCAUUUGCGGGCUCAAUCUCGGAUCAUUUCGGCCACAGACAAGCAGCGCUCGUAGGCGUCCUCGUUAUGGCCCUCUCCCUCGUUGCAUCUGGUUUUGCAACGGAUGUGUGGCAGCUUUACAUCACACAAGGCUUUCUUUAUGGAUCAGGCGCUAGUUUAACCUACUUCGCCGGCCUUUCACUGCCUUCUCAAUGGUUCACGCGCAACCGCGGUCUAGUCACAGGGAUUGCCAUUAGUGGUGGUGGCAUUGGAGGCCUUUGGAUGUCUCCUCUCUUGAGCAAACUGCUGGACUCAAAGGGACUCCGCUUUACUAUGAUUGUGCUUGCUAUUGCGCAUCUGAUCAUUAUGGUCCCGGUCUGCUUCUUGUUCAAGACAAGACUAGAGUCUGGUCGUCAACGCGCCAAGAGGAUCAAGCGCUUUGGAUAUCGCAAGGGUGAACAAGAGACUAAGCGAAAGUUCGUGGAUUUUACCAUUCUGAAAGACACGCGUUUCUGUUUGCUUUUUGUGGCAGGUAUUUUCGUUGUCAGUGGUUACUUCACCCCCUUCUAUUUUAUCAACUCAUAUGCCCAACAGCACGGUGUCAGUUCAUCGAAUGCUGCUCUGAUGGUUGGACUCAUGAACGGAGCCUCGGCUGUGGGUCGCAUCGUUAUGGGCUUAGUCUCUGACAGAAUUGGCCCUAUCAAUGCACUCUGCAUCUCCACGUUAGCUGCAACACUGACGGUGUUAUUAAUUUGGACUUUUGCCACUUCCGAGGCGGUGAUGUUCCUUUUCUCAGUCUUGUACGGGCUUUGCUGCGGUGCCUAUCUCUCCUCAACAGUCUCUGUUUCGGCUGCUAUUUGUGGUUUAGGCCGUCUGGCAACAGUGACAGGGAUCAUCUAUGCGGGUAUGGCUGUUGGAUCCUUGAUUGGUUCGCCAGUCUCUGGAGCCAUUCUGGAUACCAUUGGACAUAAAACCAACUACUUGGGUGUCAUUUUAUGGGCAGGUAUUGUGAUGGCGGUCGGAACCAUCAUCCUCUUUGUAUUGAAGUAUAGGACUGACAAGAAACUCUUUGCUAGAGUGUAAAUAGCUUAGUGAUGAUUUUAGUAGAUAGUUUUAUUCAGCACAAGUCAUUUUGUCAAUAUACACAUUCAGGUCUAAAAAACCUGCUGCAACGUUAUUUAAGGAAGCAUUAUCGAUGUAAAAUAAAUA